AUGAGGCUCAGGCUACGCGGCAGAGAUAUCAAUGCUACAACCUUUGGACAAGAACUGACUGCUACUUCCACAAUCAGAGAUCUGAGGGUUGCGAUUGAAAUUGUCACCAAAGUGCCACCUCAUCAACAAGUCUUCUUACUACUCCCUGACGUGUCAUUUGCCAUCCAUUUCGAUCAACAAACAGUAAAAAUCGGGCAUCCACCAAAGCUCCUCGCAUCGGAUCAGAAUAUUACGCUAUCACAUGCUGGAAUUCUAGAUGGAGAAAACAUAACAUUGGAAAUCGAAACCACGCCCAAACCCGAAAACACGAGUCUCGCUUCAACACCCUCCUCGAAGAAUGAACACAUAAUCAAUCCUCCUACUUCGUCGGUCGCACCAUCAACUCCAGCUUCCGCACCUACUAUGAUCGCCAGCACACCUCGCAUCGGAAGUGUUGUGUCAUCGAAAGGAAUUGAUGGAAUAGCAAUCACGGACGGGGCGCUAGUUCUCCGAGAAAUGGAAGACGACAACUCUUGUCUUUUCAGAUCUGUCGCCUAUGUCUUGGAACAUGACAAGAGCAAAGCUCCACGUCUUCGGCAGAUUGUGAAGGAAUCUAUCGAGAAAGAUCCAGUCACUUAUAACGAGGCGACUCUUGGUCGCACAGUGGAGGCUUAUACCAAAUGGAUUCAGACGCCAAAUGCUUGGGGUGGUGCCAUCGAAUUACUCUGUCUAUCCAAUCACUAUCAAGUUGAGAUUGAUUCGAUUGAUGUGCAAACUCAAAGGGUGGAUAGAUUUGGCGAGGGUCAGUUUGACAAGCGUGUUAUGGUUCUCUACAGUGGCAUCCAUUACGAUGCGUUGGCAUUGGCUCUGGUUCCAGAUGAUUUAAAAAAUCAGGAUUUCGAUCUGACGGUUUUCGAUGUCAUUCCUGGCGAUGAGACAAUAUUGGAGGCUGGUGUUGCUCUAGCAAAGCUGAGACAUUCCAAGCAUCAAUUUACUGACCUUGGAGGAUUUUCAAUUAAAUGUGACAUAUGUAAAGUCGGUCUAAAAGGACAAAAGGAAGCUCAACAACACGCUGAAUCCACUGGGCAUACGAAAUUUUCAGAAUAUUCGUGA